UACCAUCACAAAGUUUUUCCUUAUGUUUACCCAACAUCUAAGUAACUUAUACAGGAAGUCUUUGACUUACAACAGUUCAUUUAAUGAUUGUUUGAAGUUACAACGGCACUGAAAAAAGUGAUGACCAUUUUUCACACUUACAACCAUCGCAGCAUCCCCACAGUCACGUGAUCAAAAUUCAGAUGCUUGACAACUGGUUGAUAUUUAUGAUGGUUGCAGUGUCUCAGAGUCAUGUGAUUCCACUUUUGUGACCUUCUGACAAGCAAAGUCCAUGGGGAAGCCAGAUUCAUGUAGCAACUGUAUUAUUAACUUAACAACUGUAGUGAUUCACUUAACAAAUGUGGCAAGAAAAAUUGUAAAAUGGACCCAAACUCACUUCACAAAUUUCUCACUUAGCAACCUAUGUUUUGGGCUCAAUUGUGGUCGUAAAUCAAAGACUACCUGUAUUUGUUAUUUCUGGUCCUGGUUUUCAUAGCCUUGAAAAAGAUUGUUCUGUCCCCCUCAAUAACCCCCCUAAAAGACACAUGAGCUGACUGUAUUUGCCAGCAAUUUAUUCUUGCUACAGAUAUCAGCUCUGGUAACAAACCUGCGAUUGCCUGCCAAGUCCUCCUUAUCUCUUCAUUGCUACUGCGAUCUGUUGCUAGAGCAACCCAGAGUUCAGAAGUAAACAGAAGUCCGAAAAGUCAAUUCCUGAGUCUCACAAUAAAGCAGUUGAAGUUUCCAAAAGUCAGUUUUUGUCUGUCACGGAGCCCAAAGGCAGCUCCACCCACUUUUAUACCCUGUGGGGUGUGGCUCCGUGACUCAGCACUCCCUGGGCCAGCCCCUUCCUUUCUUUUGCUGCGCACGCUUCACUCAGCAUCGCUGCCUUGCAUUUAGCCACGAUUGAUCCUCCUCAGCUGGCUCUUGGGGUGUUGCCAGGGGGAAGGAGGGGUCAGGGGAAAGAGGCUGUGUCAGCUCCUCCUCCUCCACCUGGCCUGCCUCUGGAAUCUGGAGCGGAGCCAAAGAGGAAGAUUCUACAGAGGGAAGCCCUGUCGGCUCUUCCUCCUCACUCUCCUCCUCACUCUCUGUCAGGAAGCCCGGCUUGGGGCCCGCAGACACAACAAAGAUGAGUAACUUCCUAGCCAAGGUAGCCGGUGGACUCAUGGUGGCUGUUGGAAUUUAUGCCAAGCUCUCCAAGGAAGCAGGUGCUGUGGACUCCUUGUUAGCUGAUCCCUCCAUAAUUCUUUUAGCAGUGGGCACCCUGAUUUUCUGUAUCACUUUUGUGGGAUGUUUGGGAGCUUUACGGGACCUCACGCUGUUGUUGAAAGUGUUUGCCUGGAUCUUGCUCAUCAUUUUCAUUCUGCAAGUUGUGGCUGCAGUUUUAGGCUUCAUCUUCUCUGGCAUGGUGAUGGAAAAAGCCACAUUUUUGAUGGGCCAGGCCAUCUCCCGCUAUCGUGACAACCUUGAUUUGCAGAACCUCAUCGACUACAUCCAGAAGAAGUUCAAGUGCUGUGGGGUUCAUUCAUACAAGGACUGGUCCCAGAAUAUUUAUUUUGACUGUCAAGACUCCAAUCCCAGCCUGGAACAUUGUGCAGUGCCCUUCUCUUGCUGUCUGCAAGAUAAAGAGGUUAUGCUAAACACCAUGUGUGGCUAUGGGACACAGAGUCUUAAAGGGUGGCAAGCGGAGACCGUGGUGUACACAGAGGGCUGCCUUGAGAAGAUCGUCCAUUGGGGACGGAGCAAUCUCUUGCUGAUGGCUGGGCUGGCAUUUGGAUUGCUGGUCUUGGAGGUUAUUGUUUUUCUUCUGGCAGUGAUGCUCAUUUACCAGAUUGAUUUCAUCAUCCAGAAGCGCCGAAGCACCAAGAGGAGGAGGAGGCAGAGAAGUGAGAAAUGAGGCAGCAAGGGAUGGAAGUUGGCUAUGAAUCAGCUUUCCUGAACCUAAUAGCCUUUGGAUGCAUGACACUGGAUUCUGAAAUGUCCAGGAUUCCCACGUUACCUCAGAAAUCUGGGGCUUACAGUCCCAAUAUACCUGAAGGCCACCUGGUUGGAAAAGUCUGCUAUAAAUAUACAACUUUCAUGCAUCCAUUGCAGGAAGAUGGCUUUUUUCUCAUCCCAGUCUGGGUUUGAAAUAUUUCUCAUUUUUAUAUUGUGGUUUAUAUGGAUUGAAGAAACAAGCAGCCUGGUCAUGGAGGUUCCAUCAGAGCGAUUGACUCCAAAAGAAACCAUAUUCCAGGUGCGCUCCUGAUAGGCACAUGGACACACAUUGUCUUCCAACAUCCAACAAACACAGAUUAUGAGGAAAAUACUGUGAAACGGGGUUGAGGCUCAGCCAUUUUAGGUAGACCAAAUUAAGAAACCAAUGCCAUAUAGUCAAAACUAUUUUUAUUGUAAGGGUAUACAGAUGGUUACAUCUUAUGUCCGAUUACAUAGGAACCAUUCAAAGUUACAACGGACACUUCAAAAGCUACUUAUUUCCUGGAUCCAGAGUUCUGAGGGCUGAACAGUCACAUGACCACGUUUUGGGUCAUGUGACUGUUUGCUUGGUAAUUAGCUCACCUUUAUGGCCAGCUGCAGCAUUCCACAGUCAUGUGAUCAUGAUUUCAAACAGUUCUUACUGAUUUCUGGCUUUUGGGGGCAGUUUCCAGCAAAAAUGUCCUUAGAUAUACAUUGAUUCACUUAACAACUGCGGCAUUCACUUAAUGACCACUACAAAACAAAAAGCCGUAAAGUCAGAUCCAGUCACAUGAAUGCCUUGACUUACAAUCACGCUGAGUUGUAACAGAAAUUCUAGGCUCACUUACAGUCAUAAAUUGAGGAUUUGUAAUAAUAAUAGAAUAUUACAGAAUUAUUCUGUAAUAAUAGAAUCUUGCAAGUCUAAAUCUGCUUCCUCCUCCCUCAUUUUAACUUUUCUAGGGAGGGGUUUCCCUGAAACAUUUUCUCAAGUUAUUUUCUUGGUCUAGGCUGAAACCCCACUUACCUGACCAUUAACAGAAUAACAGAAUGGCAGAGUUGGAAGGGACCUUGGAGGUCUUCUAGUCCAACCCCCUGCUCAGGGAGGAAACCUUAUACCAUUUCAGACAAAUGGUUAUCGGAUCUCUUCUUACUUGGUAAUGGUUCUUCCUCAAGACCAUUCCUUCCAUUUCCAGAGAUGGGGAAAAGUGGAAAAAAAAAUAACCCUUAAUCUGUCCACCUAUAAAAGAUUGAGCCCAAUGCUGUAAUUCUUUAUGAAAUACAAUAAAAACUUUCAA